UAGAGAUACCAUCCAUUUUCGCCUUAGCAGCUCUUCGCAGUCGGAUCCCUACAGGUGCUAAUAUUUGAAAGUGAGUGAGAGUGAAUAUUCAGCGAAGAUGCAGAACGACGAGGGACAAAACAUGGAUCUCUAUAUCCCGAGGAAGUGCUCGGCCACUAAUAGGCUGAUCACUUCAAAGGAUCAUGCGUCUGUACAGAUCAAUGUUGGGCAUUUGGAUGAGAGUGGCCGUUACACUGGCCAAUUCUCCACAUUUGCUCUCUGUGGAUUCAUCCGUGCCCAGGGUGAUGCAGACAGUGCACUUGAUAGGCUCUGGCAGAAAAAGAAAGUCGAAGCCCGACAACAGUGAUUUUUUAUGCCUAAGUAGUGGAUUUUGUUUUCCAGAUUUUUUUUUGUGUACUUUAUUUUUAUUUAAAAGCAUUUUAUGGGAAGCCAUAUCCGUUGAGAUAGAAAUUUUGAAGAUAUUCGUUCAAUCAAUUAAAAGUUGCCUCUAGUUCUGUUUUA